AUGGUCGAAGUUACGAACACUCCAAUCCAAACCUCUUCUCAGACUACGGUUACAAUACGACCUUCUUCCGACGACGCAAAUGUUCAAUCACUUCCCCUCACUCCGCCACCUCCAGUACUCCUUUCACACGAUACGUUACAAGUACCGCCUAGUCCGACAUCCAUCAACUCUAUUCCUCCCAACAUACCAGACCACUACAGAGUCUUUCCCCAUAGACAAAGUGCAGUAAUUGUCCUCUCGCGUCAUCCGUCUGUCAAUACCGUCGAUGACAUCCAACAACCCCUUCAAUCGCCCCUUCCCUAUGCAACUUCAAUAUCACAAGGCACCAACAUUACAAUUCAAAUGCUCCUUGCCGUUUUCGCAAUCGUCACCAUCAUAAUAUACAUAUGCGUCUGGCGAUUCCUGAAACCCAAACAGGCCUGGGUUCACAUAAUAUUUAUCUUUAUUUUCGUCAUUGAAAUAUGCAUCUGGGAACGAUGGCGAGCUGUUCAAAGAUACAUGCCUCGACACAGACGCAACCAUAGCGAAACCCGCGUCUCGCUCUGGGCACCAUGGAACGAUCCCGUGCUACAACAACGCAUUGGCGCAAGACAAUCCCGUGCAGGAGACGUCUUUGACCCAGAAUGCCCACCGGAUUAUAUACCACCGCCGGCUUACGGAAAUCUCAGAGAUUCGGUGUUGGUGGAUCCUGUAAGCGGACGGGUUGUCACGGAAAGCGAAUAUGCAGCUCGAGAAUCUGGAACGAUAUUCGAGACGAGCGAACGGGGUAGUAGUGUUUUGCCAGAAUACGACGAAUUGUCGUUGCGAUCUAGGCGAUCGAGCACCAUGACUUUGAGGGGUGGGGAAAGCUUGAGGGAAAGCGAAAGUGUUGGGCGCAAUGCAAGUAUUAGAAGCAUCAGAAGUAUUAGGAGCAUUAGGAGCAUUAGAAGGAAUAUGAGUCUUAGGAGUAUACCGAGAACGGCAAGCUUGGGGACUGUUGAAAGUGAUAACGGCGGCGAAAUGAAAGAUGUUGAUGUAGAGAACACUGUAAGCGGAGCGAAUGGAGUUAACACAAACAAUAAUACUGUGAGUAAUGAAGAUAGGAGUUUGGAGAUACAAUCUCCUAUGACCUUGGCACGUCCACCGCGAGUAGCACUAGCAGAUGACGAUGAUUCAUACGACUGUCCGAAUGAAUCACCACAGUCUGCGUCGUCUACCCGUCCGCUGAUGCGGUGGCAUUGA